GUUUCUCUUAUCUAUCAUAUACCCCUCAACAUAUUUGUACUUUGAAAUUAAAAUAAAAAUCAUAAUGAGUUGAAAAAAAUUUAUAAAAUUCUUAGAUUUUGCAUGAGCUAAAAAUUACAAAAUCCUGUGUGUUUGUUACAUUAUAAAAUAGAAGUUUGUAAUUUUCAGUCACUUAUAUCCACCGAAAUCUCAACAGUUCUUCAGCAGACAAGAAAUAACGACAGAAUUGUUCAAACGCAAGAAAUAAAGUGUGAAAGAAGGCGAGAUGCAACACCUUCCGGUCUUCUGCUUAAUCGCUGUCAUUGCCAUCUACAAUGUGCACGUUGCCUCAAAGAUCUGCGUUCCACUGGGAGAACCUUGUGAUUGGCGUGGACUCAGAGAAUGCUGCUCACCAAACAAAUGCCGAAAGAUCGGAAAUCAAUCAGGCGAGUGUGUCCGUGAAUGUCGCGCAUCGUACAGCCGGUGUCAACGUGACGAGGAAUGUUGUAGCAACAACUGUUUCGAAGGGGUUUGUGGAGUGA